AACAAUUUGUAUUCGAAACCUCUAUUUUUAGGGUGGAUUAAAGUUAACGCAUAUUUACUGCAUAUUAUAUAACUUCCACGCGGAUAUACAUCCUUUGGAUAAACUUGUUUGUGGUAGAAGAAGAAGUGAAUAGAAUAGGCGGAAAAAUGAAUUCAAGUAGAUUGGGUUGCUUUUGUUUAAAAAAUUACCACCGUGUCUCUGCGUAAAUUAGAACUUUAACUUCCGCGUUCGUGUAUUCUAAACUCCAAGUAUAAUUUGACAAGAUUUAUUAUAUAUUUUUAUUUUGAAUUUAUGGAUGAAAAGGUUUACGCGGUUCGGUUGACUGACCAGCAGGUUGCAGGGAUACAGUCACUGUUUAACCAGAAGGGAUGGAGUCUCGAACUGGAUACCAUAGAUAGGUACAAAGAAAAAGAAGAAAUAGCUGGAGAUUAUGUUGAAUUCAAGCCGAUUAAUGGACGGGCGAGUCCCAUAGAAGCUGAAACUAGCCCUGCCAUUCGGCGAAGAAUCAGAAGCGAACCUACGUCACAUGUAGCGGAUGACGAUGGGGAAAGACUGGAAGCCAUGAAGAAGAUAGGCGCCACAUAUAAACAAUCGUUUAAAGGUACCUUCAAAACAGGCUCUUUAAGAAAAGAUGUGGGCGUCCCAUUACCCGGUAUAGCAGAAUCGUCUCGAGCAGAGUUCUCUCCCCAGGGGCAGUGGCGAAUAUCAGCUGCACCAGGAAGUAUCUUAACAGAAGAAGCGGAAGUUGGAACAUCAGAUAUACGCUUUAACCAUUUUCUGGUAGCAGACGACAAAACGAUAAAAGUGCUAACACGGUUGAGUACAGAGCACGUGCAUACCGUGUCAUGUGUCCCCGUUCGCAUCGUACUUUUGAUAGACAGAAGCGGAAGUAUGCUGCAUAAAAUAGGCAAGGAUAGUCGCCAUACUAAAAUUACCAAGGUAAAGCAUUUUGCGAAGCAGCUUAUUGCAAGUCUUGAUGAUGGUGACGAAGCAGGUUUGGUAACUUUUGGCGAAGACGCGGAUGUUUUCUUCCCUCUUCAGAAGCUCACAGCUAAAUCCAGGCCGUUACUUCAGGAGCGGUUAGAUAAACUAGAUCGAGACAGUAUGUCACGCUUAACAAACAUUAGUGCUGGACUGAGGAUGGCACUGAAAGUCUUCUUUGAUGCAUCGAAAUGCGAGUCGGACUAUCUGGAGAGAAAGAAUUCCAUCUUAGUAUUUUCCGACGGUGAGAUUAACGCCGGUACGACGGAUACCAACUCGCUGUUACACGAAGUGAGACAGAGUAUUCGACAGAUGGUACCAAAACUGGACGAUUCUCAAAAUCAGUGGGUCACGAUUUCUGUCGUGACAACAGGAAGCAACAUUUCAGAGCAGGCUUACAUGCUGUCUAAGACAUGCAGCAGUGAUGCUUAUUACUACAUCAAAAAAGACGCCGUAGACCCGGAAGCUGAACUUUUCCUUCCGGUGCUACUCCGGAAGUCAGCCGUUGCUUGGAAUAUCUCGUAUGUUAUCGAAACUUUUCACGAUAUCAAAUUCGAUAGUGACAAGUGUUCGAAGGACAACCGCAUACGUUUGAGAAGAUCCAUUUCCGGUAGAGGUACGCAAAAUGAGAAAGCAUAUUUUAUGUAUGACUUUGCCGCGGGUCAUGCCCGACAGAUCGGUAUAGGUGCAACAUGGGGAGGUGAGACGUCUUUGCAACAUUUGCCGAAUGACGAGACGUUAUUCAAACUUAAGGUUGAAUAUACAAAUAUUAAAGGGGACCGACUGUGGCAGGAACAGCUGAUUACGAAAGAGGACGUCAUUGACGCUCUAUACAAUCGGCCUAACUCGGAGACAAACGCCGCGGCAUGCAAACACGAAGUACAAAUGGUUUCCAGUGACGUGUUGCGGUAUGCGGCUGAGCAUAUGAAAGUUGGAGAUAAAAGAAAAUCAAAAGCUGUUAUGCUUGACGGCCAAAGAAAUUUGCAGGCUUUGCUCAACGAAUUCGGAGAGAAAUCUCGCCAAGACUCUCAAAGUCAAAACAACGUACAAAUCCAGAUGUAUGCCAAAAGCGUUGUCGACAAUCUCGGCGCUUUGAUCAGCACCAUAGAGAAAUCCUCGGAAGGUGAAUCUUGGAACAAAAUGAAAGCUGUUUCCACGGCGAUUGUCCGGGAGACCCCGAAUGUGUCCGGCACUGUUGUGGACAGCGAGAUUUUAUGCCCUUUGCCUCAUAUUGACCACAUGGGAACAGACGCGAUGGCGGACCCAUUGCAACGUUUGAUGGCAAAGAACAAAAAACAAAAGCGGACGACAUUCGGACUGGACAAACUGUUGGAAGAUAUGGAGCUAACAUAACUAUCUCUUCACCGUUUGGUUGAUUGUCUCUACUCGACAUAACUAGCAUAGUUUUGCUUUUCUGACUGGAUACAUUUCACCUUCGCUCAUGGAUAUUCACUUUGUAAAAACUUAUUAAAAAGUCUUUGUCUAAAAUAAAAAUCAGAUUUUUUGCACUGACAUUUCUACUGAGUUACACUGGAUAGCACUAUCAUAACUUGGUACUGAAAAUACCAGUAUUCAUAAAUUAUGUUAUGUCUUUUUUUCUCUGAUUGACAAAACGGGUCUAAAGGCACGUGCAUUUUCGAAAUCCUACAGACACUGACUUGUACAGUCAGACCAACCAUCUAUGGUAAAAAUGUUAAAACUUGCCAAAAGGCUAACUUAAUUGUUCCACUUUCAACAAAUAUCUGUGAAAAUGCAAUAUCACAUUUCACGCCGAUGCAGGAAGUCAAUAGUGGCCAUAUUCGCAAUGCCGGAUGUAACUUCCAGAAUUUCAGAUAAUUAUUCAGUAGCGCAUGAAAACAAAGGACCACAUUUCUUGAAUAUGAAACAGUCUCGUUAUGAACUUUGUUGGUCCAUAGAAAUUUCCUUGAAAUCUCAUCACAAAAUACAUGUAUCUAAUCAAAUCUGCAUUCAUUAAUUUCGCAUUCAUGGAAUAAGGGGCCGGUAAUUAAGAGACGUUAGUUUCGAAUUCCAAGUUAGUUUCGAAUUCCAAUUAGGACAGAUCAAGGCUUUAAGGACAGAUAAAUCUCUCUUGUACACGGCAGCCCCUUAUUGCCCGAUAAUGAUACAAAACUCCCAUUCCUUUAAAUCUAGGGGAUUAAAUCCAAUAACCCUUUGAAUUUCAAUGAGUCUAAUUACGAAGGCAUUUCUAGAAUUACCCGGGAAUUCCAACGUGUUAUCAUAAUGGCAGAUUGAAACGAAAGCUUUAAGGAAACAGCAAUUUCUCUUCAUUACGAAAAGGCAGUAAUUUAUUCAUUUUACUCAUACUUUAGCAUUGCUUUAAAAAUUGUUUUCUUGUAGAAAAUAAUUAACAGUGCGUGUUUAUUAAAUAUGCCGAAUAAGUUUGUUAGUCCGACCACUAUUACUGUUUGAUCCGGAAUAAUAUUUUUAUGAAUUUGUCUACAUGAAUUUGGGUUGUGGGUUAAAUAACAUGAUUUGUUGAUCUGUAUUUUACCUUACUUUACCUCAAACGAGUAGUAGAUACCAGAAUUACACUUAUACAUACACAUAUAUAUUGGAUUUGCUAACUAGAAAAAAUAAUUUUGCAUUUUGUCAUGUUAGUUUUGUUAAAACUUUGUUGAUCAUUUACUUAGUAUGAGUCUCAAACAUGUUGUUAAUAUAUGACCUCAUUGAUUCAUGUAUACAUGAAAUGUGUGAAAUAAAGGAUUUUGACUUUGA